GGCAACGCCUGCGCACUUGGGGAAUGCAAAGCGGCAGAGGAUUCCCGUUAAAGCAGCGGUGGGACGCAGCUUGUUAUGGAAAGUGUGAGGUUGCUGAGCCAGCGGCUGCAAACCGGCGUGCUGUGCAUGUUCGGUUCGGGGUUUCACUGCAGUUGGCACUGCCGCCGCCUGCUCCAAAGAGGGCGCUCGAGCUGCUUCCCGGAUGUCGUGGCGUCCGCUGCCUGUAGGCCCAGGAAAUGCCGGCUACAACCGCAGGGCAGGGAGACCUUGCUUUGUGCAAGUUAUCUUUCUCAACAGUUGACUACAGAUGUGUCUCAAGCCACUUUAGCCAGUGUAGCUCCUGUGUUUUCAUUGAUGAAAUUUGAUAAAGAAGGAAAUAUAAGCUUUUCUGAAAGAAAGAAAACAGAACUAUACCAGGAACUAAGUCUUCAAGCACGUGAUCUACGAUUUCAGCAUCAAGUAAGCAUAUCUCCCAGGAACAACAGGAUUAUCAUGAGAAUGGAUUUUUUGAAGGCCGUAGUAACCCCAGAGUAUCUUCUGAUCCUAGACUAUCACAAUUUAAACAUGGAAAAAUGGCUGUUCCAGGAACUGGCUCCUCAGUUAGCUGGUGAAGGUCAACUGGUUACAUAUUCUUUACCCUUUGAAUUCAGAGCUAUAGAAGCAAUACUACAAUACUGGAUCAGCUACCUACAUGGGAGACUUAACAAUUUGCAGCCUCAGAUUCUUGAGACACUGGAUGCUUUAGUGGACCCUAAGCUUUUGUCUGUGGAUAGGAGCAAAGUCCACAUCUUACUGCAAAAUGGAAAGAGUUUGUCAGAGUUAGAAACAGACCUUAAAGUUUUCAAAGAGACAAUACUGGAUAUCCUAGAUGAGGAAGAAGUGCUGGAAGAAUUGUGCUUAACUAAAUGGACAGACCCACAAGUAUUCGAGGAGAGUCUAUCUGGAAUUGACCAUGCAGACGAGAUGGAGCUGUUAUUGGAGAAUUACUACAGGCAGGCAGAAGAUCUUAUUAAUGAUGCUCGUGAACUUCGGGUAUUGAUUGAUGAUUCUGAAAGCAUCAUCUUUAUCAACUUGGACAGCCACCGCAAUGUGAUGAUGAGGCUGAAUUUACAGCUGACCAUGGGUACUUUCUCUCUGUCUCUUUUUGGAUUGAUAGGAGUAGCUUUUGGCAUGAACUUGGAAUCCUCAUUUGAAGAGGACCGCAGAAUGUUUUGGCUAGUGACAGGAGUUAUGUUUCUGGGCAGUGGCCUAAUUUGGCGUCGUCUGCUUUCAUUUCUUGGUAAACAUUUAGAAACUCCAUUACCUCCACCUAUGACUGGUUUGCUGAAAAGAACUCAGCCAGCAAGUGGGAAGAUGGACUGCAAAAGCAAUAUUAAAACAGAACCCCUUGGGUCACGUAGAAGCACACUGACUAACCACUGAUUAGACCACUAAUACUUGUUCCUGUAUAGCUGAACUUCAGACUGUCACACUGUUUUCUUGUAAUAACAUAAAGCAGAAUUUAUCAUUUAACUAAUAUGCCAAAGAUGUGCAACUGGAACCACCAACAUAUGCAACUUUGGAGAGAAGAGUCCAGCAGAAUUUUGUGCACUGCAGUAGGAAAUCAAAAUGUGCAUGUGAGCUAAAUAGAUGGAAAAUGUUUUUCUUCUGAUGCCUCCUGUGGAAAUUCUGUUUUGUAUAAUCAUUAUGAACACAAGAAAAUGGGUAAUGUCCUUCCUCCAUGGAAUGCAAAAUCAAAUCCAGAAAUGUUACUGUUUAUUCUGAUACAGUGGUUUCACUUUAUUACUUUAUGGUGCAAGGUUUUAGAUAAGGAAAUAUGUGCCACCCAGAUUGUAUCUAAACAGUAUAUUAUCUGUAAGUAGAAAGAGAUAGCAUUAUCCUCACUAAGAAACUACUUACUGAAAAUCAAACUAUUUAAUGUUUAGAAUCUUUUUAAGCAUAUUCCUCUUUUUGCCAUUUUUCAAGGUAGCAUUGUCUCCCACAAUGAAAUAUCUCCCUUGGUGAGAAAGACAGACUUUGAAAGUACUUGCUUGCUGGUUCAUUUAGUUAUGACAAAGAAGAUAAAACUCUUUCCUGCACAUCUAAGCUAGCACUACUUGUAGGCUAAACACCAAUGGACAAUGAUGCUAACUUAAAAUAAUAUCCCUUUCAGCAUAAUACAAUUAACUAUUUUAAAAUUGUUCAGUAGAGGAGAAAUGAGUGUGGCAUAGUGGUUAGUGUUGGACUAUGACCUGGGAAACAGGUUCAAAUCCCCACAUAGCCAUGAAGCUCACUGGGUGGCCCUGGGCUAGUAACUGCCUCUCAGGCUCAGAGGAAGGCAAUGGUAAACCACCUCUGAAUAUCGCUUACUAUGAAAACCCUAUUCAUACGGUUGCCAUAAGUCGGGAUCGACUUGAGGGCAGUCCAUUUCCAUUUCAGAGGAGAAACAUCAUAUUUUAGCCUACUCCAUCACCUCUAUGGUACAGUAGGGCCUCACUCAUACGGCGGGUUACGUUCCAGACCCCCGCUGUAAAGCGGAACCCAUUGAAUAGAAUGGUGCGCGAUGCCCAAAACCCACCGUAAAAGCGGAACAAGCGCCAUAUGAGUGGGGCUUUAGUCUAAUUGCAUCUAAUUGAGACGCCUGUAUUAGCGAAGCGCUGUAAAGCGAAGUGCUGUAAAGCAGGGCCCUCCUGUAUGCAAAACUGAGGAGAGCCACAGAUCCUCUGCUCAAGUGUUUAGCAAAGUAACUGAAGAUUGGGAGAAACUUCCAUCUGUUGUACAGUUAGCUACCCUCUAACCUGAUAACAUCUAGAAUGAUUGUAAAAUCCUACCCAAAAGAGGAAUAUCUGCUUUUGUUAUUUCCAUUGCAUAUAAAGUAAUAAAAACCAAGUCAGUACAUUCAUUCAUCAAUCUAAAAAAUACAAAGAAAAUAUGGAAAAAAGGUUUGGCAUGUAGAAGGUGAGAUUGAAUUUGAUUAAAUGGGAAGCUGCCUUUAUACCAAACAGCUUGCACUAUUUGUUUAUCUAGCCCAGUAUUCUUUUGUAACCAACAGCAAUUCUCCAGGUUUUCUAGCAAAGGGCUUUCUUCUUUCCUGCUACAAGAUCCUUUUAACUGGAGCUGCCUGGGAUCAGAGCCGAGACCUUCCAUGUGGAAAGCUUGUGUGCUCUACUACUGAGGUACAGAAGCUAUUUAAAUAGGUGUAGAAAGUGAGUAAAUCUGAAGUAGCUAAUAUUCUUGUGGUGCAACUUGCAAAUCCUGCUGAAUUUAUGCAGUUCUGUGCAAUUCCAUUCAUUAUUUGUAUUGUUCAUUAAAUUUAUAUCCCGCCCUUCCUCCCAAAGGGAACCCAAGUCACCAGAUAACAAAGCACUAAAAACAUCUAAAAAACAAUUCCAGCACAGAUGCAGACUGGGAUGAGGUCUUAGUUAAAAAGCUUGUUGAAUGAGGAAGGUCUUCAGUAGGCACUAAAAACCAGAUUGCACCUGUUUAACAUUUGGGAGGGAAUUCCAAAGGGUAGGUGCCACAACAGUAAAGAUCAGUUUCCUAUGUACAGAAUGGACCUCCUGAUAAGGCCCUCACCUGCCGAGUGCAGUGAAUGACUGGGUUUAUAAUGGGCGAGAUGAUCUUUUGGGUAUAUUGGUCCCAAGCUGUAUAGGGCUUUAUACACCAAAACCAGCACCCUGAACUUUGCCUGGUAGCUAAUUGGUGCCCAUUGCAAUUCUUUCAGGGCAACAUGGUGAUAUCCUAUCUCAGUGAGUGGUCGCCCUGCUGCGUUUUAUUUUAUUUUAUUUUUUUUAUUACAUUUUUAGACCGCCCUAUAGCAAUAAGCUCCCAGGGCAGUGUACAGCACAAGCUUUAGCUUCUGGACCAACCUCAAGGGCAGCCACACAUAGACUGCAUUACAAUAAUCCAGCCUGGGGGUUUCCAGUGCAUGGAUCACAGUGGUCAGGCUAUCCUGGUUCAGAAACAGCCACAGCUGUUCUAUUAGCCAAAGCUGGUAAAAGUAACUCCUAGCCACUAAGGUCACCUGCGCCUCUAGCAACAAAGAUGGAUCUGGGAGAAUACAAACCUGCUCUUUCAGAGUGAGCACAACCCCAUCCAAAUCAGGCAAUUGACCAAGUUUAUUAGCCCUCAUCCAAGCACCAGUACUGGGCUUCCAUGGCCUUUCAAUUCAAAUGUUACCAAGAAGCAGACCUGGCUAUUGUCAAGAAACGUGUUUUGGACCUGAAAACAUGGCUCUACCUUAAAGGAUUUUGAAACAUAUCUUGGGAGAGAAGGAUGAGGUAUCAUCAGUUUGCUGCUGACACACCCUAAAUCUAAUGACUGUUCCCAAGGGCUUCAUAUAGAUGUUAAACAGCAUUGGGGACAAGAUGGUACCCUGCAGUACCCUACAGCACAACAUCCUGGGGGGCUAAAAGGCAGUCAUCCAAUGCUAUUCUCUGAAACAGACCCUGAAGAUAGGACUGGAACCACUGUAGAAAAGUGCCCCCAAUAUCCAUCUCAUCAAGUCACCUCAGAAGGAUACUAUGAUCAAUGGUAUCAAAAGCCACUGAUGAAGAAUAAGAGGGUCACACUCCCCUGUCCUUCUCCCAAUAAAGGUCAUCAGAGUAACCGAGGUCAAUUCAGUCCCAUAACCAGGCCUGAACCCUGAUUGAAAUGGGUCAAGACAAUGUUACAGCCGGGAGUACUUAGAUUUGUAUCCCACCCUUUCUCCCAGUAGGAGCCCAGUACUUGCAGUUGUUGCACCACAACUCAAUCACCUCUAAAAAGUGUACAUACUUGAUAAUGGAAACGUACAUACUUGUUAGUGGAGGACGAUUUAGGACUAGAAGUACUAUUGCCUGUAGGUUAGGCUGCAAUCCUAUACACACCUAAGAAUAAGUCCCAUUGAACUCCCAACUAGAAGGAAAUAUCUACUGGUUGUAACGUUGGCAGGUCAUAACAGGAGAGCAUCUCAGGUUAUGUUCCAUUUUCCCCAUCUCUAGACAUAAGUGAUACUCAAGGUUUAAUUAUUGCCCAUGCUGACAUGUAGAUAUUAGUAGGUGAGGAUGGACCAUUGUGAUUUGGCAGCCAUUGAAGAGAGCAUAGAAUAUAAUCCUACUUUUAGGGCAAAUAUAUUAGAGACUGGGCUACUCUGAACUGAAACCAUCCCACAGAUUAAGUGAUUCUUUUCAAACCAAGAUUGGACUCAAGAGCAAGGAGGUUGCGGGGGGAGGGGGAUGUGCUCAUGCCAAACUAUUUUGCAUUUAACACCACAUUUUCAGUAUUCAU